AUGGCCGAGCGGCUGUCGGAGGAGAAGAUCGCGGAGUUCAGGGAGGCCUUUUCCCUCUUCGACCGCGACGGCGACGGCUCCAUCAGCACGCGGGAACUGGGCACGGUCAUGCGCUCGCUGGGCCAGAACCCCAGCGAGGCCGAGCUGCGAGACAUGGUGGGCGAGGUGGACGCCGACGGCAGCGGCACCGUGGACUUCGCGGAGUUCCUGUCGCUCAUGGCCCGGAGGACGCGGGACGCGGACGGCGAGGAGGAGAUCCGGGAGGCCUUCCGGGUGUUCGACAAGGACGGCAACGGCUACAUCAGCGCGGCCGAGCUGCGCCACGUCAUGACCAACCUGGGCGAGAAGCUGACGGACGAGGAGGUGGACGAGAUGAUCAGGGAGGCCGACUGCAACAACGACGGCCAGGUCAACUACGAGGAGUUCGUGAGGAUGAUGACGGAGAAGUGA